GGCGCGAGCGCGCAGCUCACUCACUGCUGGUGCUCGCGGCGGCAGGACGCACGCGAGGUGUGGGAGCGACACAGCGCGUGAGCUGUCGCGCCCGCCCGCCCCUCCGCUCUUCGCCCUAACGGCCGCCGCGCCCGCUCCCCGUGGCCGUCUCCUCCUCGCCCGCCCGCCUCGCGCUAUGAAAACCAAGUUCUGUAACGGCGAGAGCGACCCUUCCCCGCUCGGGCUCCUCCUGGGCUGCAGCUCCGGCGGAGGGGGCGUCGUCCUACCCGCCGCCGGGCAGCCCCCCUCGCCGCUGGCUCACGCCGACCCCGAGCGGAAAGACCUCGUCGCGGCGGGCAGGGGUGGGGGUGCCACGCCCCCGCCUUCCGCGCUGCUGCUGCCGCCGCCUGGAGAGGAGCCGCCGCUCGACCCCCGGACGCGGCGUAAGGCGUAUCUGUGGUGCAAGGAGUUCCUGCCGGGGGCCUGGCGGGGGCUGCGGGAGGAGCAGCUGCGCAUCAACCCCAUCAGAGGUGGCCUCAGCAACAUGCUGUUUCUGUGUUCGCUACCUGAUACUAUUGAGAUGGUUGCAGAUGAACCACGGAAAGUUCUCCUGCGCUUAUAUGGUGCAAUCCUGCAGAUGAGGUCCUGUAAUAAAGGAGAUUCUGUUGAGUCCCAGAAGGAAAAUGACUUGCAAGGGGCAGAAGCCAUGGUUCUGGAAAGUGUUAUGUUUGCCAUUCUUGCAGAGAGAGCUCUUGGUCCAAAGCUGUACGGAAUCUUUCCACAAGGGCGACUGGAGGAAUUCAUUCCUAGCAGGAAACUAAGUACUGAAGAACUAAGCUUACCUGACAUAUCUGCUGAAAUAGCUGAGAAGAUGGCUAGAUUUCAUGGCAUGAAAAUGCCAUUUAACAAAGAACCUAAAUGGCUUUUUGGAACAAUGGAAAAAUACCUAAAUCAAGUGCUGAGGAUUAAAUUUACCAGAGAAUCCAGAACAAGAAAACUGAACAAACUCCUCAGUUACAAUCUCCCCCAGGAAAUGAAAAAUCUAAGAGCUAUGCUUGAAGCUACUUCAUCACCAGUUGUAUUUUGCCAUAAUGACUGUCAAGAAGGUAAUAUCUUGCUUCUGGAAGGCAGAGAGAAUUCAGAAAACCAAAAGCUGAUGCUCAUCGACUUCGAAUACAGCAGCUAUAAUUACCGAGGAUUUGACAUAGGAAAUCACUUCUGUGAAUGGAUGUAUGAUUACACAUAUGAGAAGUACCCAUUCUUCAAAGCUAGUUUUCUUAAAUAUCCUUCAAAGAAGCAACAGCUUCAUUUUAUCUCCAGUUACCUGUCUGCAUUCCAUGAUGGCUUUGAAAAUCUGAGCAAUGAAGAGAAGUCCAAACUAGAAGAAGAAGUGCUGAUAGAAGUUAACAGGUUUGCCCUUGCAUCACACUUCUUCUGGGGUCUGUGGUCUAUUAUACAAGCAAAGAUCUCAUCCAUUGAGUUUGGUUAUCUGGAAUAUGCAUUAUCCAGAUUUGAUGCAUACUUUGAGCAGAAGAGGAAGCUGAAGGUGUGAAUGUGGGAGGAGUGGCCUGUUGGUUACUGUUUGAAGAGGGCAGCUGGACAGAACUUACACUGUGCUUAGGCUACUGUAUCUCUAACGAAGGUGUCACUGAAUUCCAGUCUCUUGGAAUGCAGCUGUACAGUACUGUAUAAAAUGACUUGUUUACAGUUUCGUAAAUACUUGGAAUGAGGUUGGGAGGCAAAAGUAAAAUACAACAGUGCAAUAUCUUUAAAUCUUUUUGAUCUAGAAGGUAUUUUAUAUUAUGGGAGAAGCUUACAAUUAAGUGUCAAUACCAUAUGCAUCAGAGCGAACAGUGUUACUGUGAGUACAUUUUCUAGGGGGGGUGUUGGCAUUCUGGUUUAUGUUGUAAGUUGGAACAGUUGUAAAAGAUCAUCCAUUGUAGACACUGCCUCUCAAUGAGAAGGAAAAGCAAAGGAGACAACUGUUAAACUGUGAAGUAGGCCUAAAAUCUUAACUGUGAGAUUAGGUUCAACAUGCCCCAUGAACACUAUCUUCAAAGCUGCUGAUAUGUUACACCACUUUAACCGUAAAGCAACUAAACACAUUGAAGCAGAGUGCUUUAAAGUGUUACCUACAUAUACAUGAAUGUUUCUCUUAAGCUGGUGUGCCUGUGAAGUAUGAAUGAACUUUGAACUGGACAUUCUGGAGGAGUUUGUCUUGAAUUGUUCAUUCCAUGUCCUUCAAGAACAUGCUUUAGCCCAACCUGAUUGUCUCUUAAAAUGCUAUGUCCUGCACAGGGGGUUCUGUGGGCUGGCAGCACUGGGAAGAGUGCCUUGAAUCGCUCUAGCAACUCCCCAGAUAACUGGAUUGCAAUUGACAAUGUUUGUAAUUGAAGCCCAUCUCUCUUCUUGUGUUGCCACAGUGUAUGGCUGUAAGAAAUAGUAGAGCCAAAGACUGUGGAGAACACUUCAGGAAAUUGCUAAUCUACCUAUCCAGUGCUUUUGUGGCUUGGGCGGUGCUUUUCUUGCACCUUCAAUUGUCAUCAUGUUCCAGCAAUCCAGUAAAGUGGAGCAUCUUGGGGGAACAAUAAUGUGUAUAUUGAAACUUGAGUAUAAUCUGUGUACAUGUCAUCUAAAGAUUUCUUUAGAUUUUUGGGAGCUUGUUUAUUUUGAAUGUUAUUUGUUUGUGCUUUUUAACACACUGUAUUAUAAAUAAUAAACUUCUAAGUCUACCCUUUUUUCACUUGUAUAGCAGAUACUGUUUCAAGCAGCUGAGAAAAUGUGCAGCAUUUCAUGUACUGUAUAGUAUAACUUGUAAAAGCUGUCAUUUUAUUCUCUAGUAUAGAGAAUAAUUUUCCAUACACUCAAUUAUUAAUACUUUAUAAUAAAUAUAAAGCACUUAAACCCA